AUGGUUGCUGCUGAUACUGUGAGGAAGGUGUUAUUACUGUUUGUAAGGAUGCCUAGGAAACCAAGGUACAACAUUAUACGGGAACUCCCGAAAGAUGCCGAAACUAAUGCCGGUACUGAAGAGACAACGGUUGGGUCCACGACUAGAGGAGCUCAGACAUCACGGGAGCAACCACGUGAUAGGGCUCCUCCGAUUUCAUCCUCAGCUAAUAGAGCUCCGGCAACCCGUAUGAAUGAAUCGUUUCGUGCACCGCGCAUCGAUCAUAGGAAUGCACAGUCGAAUACUGCUGAUGACCCUCAAACUCCAACAGACAACAUAGAGACUCGGCAUCGCGCGGAGGUGGCUGAUCAUGAAUUAGGGGAUGAUGAUUACGACCCAGAGGUGGAUGAAGUUCCAUCGUUUGAUGACCACAUCGACGACUUGUUUGCUGCUCAAGAAGUCGAAGGUCAGCAUAACAACAAGAAAGCCAAAGAUACAGAUUUCUGGGAAGUUACUGUUAUCGGUAAACAUUUUUUUCCUCCCAUUUUUGUAAACAGUUAUCUUUAUAGUCCUUUACUUCUAUUUUUAUUUUGUGCAAUGAUUAGAUAG